CCCCCCACGACCUCUUUUUGCCUUCGCUCCUCUGACUCGGCUUGUGGUCCUGGGGCUCCUGGCGCCUAGACCUGAAUCCUCCCGGAGCUGGACCGUCCUUGCCUUGGGGAGAUGAAGACCCAGGCUGGCUGGCGGCCCCAGCUGCCCAGAGUGCGGAGGAGGUGGCUCUUCCCGGCCCUCAGCGGCCUCCUCUUCCUGUUCUCCGUGGUCAUGACUGGCUGCUUCCUGUGGCAGUAUCAGCUUCCCAAGCUUCCGACUGGUUCUUCGGGGCCAGAGGUGACCUCCGCCCCUGUGAGGAUGUGUCCCCGGCACCCCGAGUCUGUGCCCCUGGCCCACCCCCUCCCUGUGUUGAAGGAGGCCCUGGAAAAGGUGGACCAGAUCCUGCGCCAGGCCAUGUCGGCCCCGGGCCUGGCUGCCAUGUCCGCGGUCGUCAUUCACAACGACACUGUGCUCUGGACUGGGAACUUCGGGAGGAAGAACGGCUCUGACCCGAAUUCUGGGACACCCAAUGAGUACACCAUGUACCGGAUCUCCAGCAUCUCCAAGGUCUUCCCGGUCCUCAUGCUGUACCAUCUGUGGGAGGAGGGCACCGUGGCCUCCCUGGACGACCCUCUGGAGCGGUACGCCAGCACCUUCACCAUUCGCAACCCGCUGGGCCUGAUGGACGGGCUGGAGGAGGUGGGCCCGGCCCCCAGGCCUUCGCCUGUCACCCUCCGCAGGAUGGCCAGUCAGCUCUCAGGGCUACCCAGGAGGCUACGCUCCACCUCACUGCUGUGGAGAGGCAGCACCCAGGAAGCCCUGAACCUGCUCAAGGAUGAUGUGCUGGUGGUGGACCCAGGAACCAGAUGCCAUUACAGCACGCUGGCCUUCUCCCUUCUGGCCCACGUCCUGGCAGCCCACACCACGCAGGGUGACUACCAGCGCUGGAUCUCAGAGAACGUGCUGGAGCCUCUGGGGAUGGGGGACACGGGCUUCGACCUCACGCCCUCGGUGCGCGCCCGCCUAGCGGCCGGCUUCUACGGCAGCGGGAGGCCGGCCCCGCUCUACGACCUGGGCUGGUACCGUCCGUCGGGCCAGAUGUACUCGACCCCCGCGGACCUGGCCAAGCUGGCCAUGGCGCUCCUGGGCAGUGGGCCCCAGCGGCUCCUGCGGCCCGACGCAGCCAAGACGCUGCUGGCGCCGCUGCUGGCCUGUCCCGGGGCCUACUUCGCCAACGAGACGGGCACGCCCUGGGAGUUCCACGCGCAGCGCGGCUACCGCGUGGUGCGCAAGGACGGCGACCUGGACGGCUACGCCGCCACCUUCUCGCUGGUGCCCCCGCUGCGCCUGGGCCUCGUGCUGCUGCUGGCCGGGCCGCGGCCGCCCGGGCCCGACCUGGUGGCUCAGGCCUACGACGUGCUCCUGCCGGCCAUGGAGAGGGCCCUCCGGGAGGCCGAGCGCAGCCCCGCCCCGCCGCCCAGCGCGCGCCCCUUCGCCGGCUACUUCACCUUCGCCAACCAGACCUUCUACGAGGUGCACGCGGGGCCGGCGGGCGAGCUGCGCCUGCGCCAGUUCGGGCCCCGCGUCGAGGCGCUGGUGCCCCCCGCGUUCCGCACGUUGGCGCUGCGCCACGUGCGCGGGCGCGUCUUCCAGCUGCACGUGGCCCGCGAGUUCCCGUGCGCGCUGCCGCUCGGCGACGCCUGGCUCUCGCUGGAAGCCCAGCACGGGCAGCUGGUCAACUUCUACCCGUUGGACGGCCACGGGCUGUCCCCCGGCUUUGACGUGCCCGGCCUGAACACGUACCAGGUGCUGCGUGUGCAGCACAAGCCGGUGUUCAAGGCCCAGUGA